AUGCUCGGCAGAUGCACCCCACAUCUGCAAUCAUGCUUGAGCCUGGCUGAAAGAGCUCUCCGGGCUCGGUGCCGUCUCUAUUCCACCAACACCUACAACUUGAAGGGAGAUCAACUUGGUCCUACACGCGAAGAUGCCCAUGGGUCGUUUCGCGCCCGCAGAGAUGGGACGUUAAAAGAGCUUCCACUUCCCCCGUUACUCGAUCCCGUAGUUCUUGAGAAGAGAUCGCGCUGGGAGCAGACGAAGCAACAGCCAGAUGUUGCAAAUUUCACGCCAUUCCAGAAGAAGCUAUGGGAGAACCCGUUUGCACAUGCUCUGGCAUCUCCUGUCCGCCAAUGCCGCGCAACCCAAGUCUCCCUUCCUGAGUCGCUCUUCGUCUCCUUGUACCCCCGCCCGCAUCCUACAACCAACGAUCCAUGGCUCCUUCCCGUCUCGCUGACAGCAGAGGGAGGUCAACUUGGAACGCCGUACUACUUCCUUGGUCGAGAGAUCAUCGCCACGAGUCUGGGUAAGAAGAAGGCAUGGGAGAGGUUGAUGAAUUCUCGCAUGCUUCACAAACUCGGCAGCAGCGUGCGGAAGAUGGUAUGGAGAGAAGACAUGCCCAGUCUGAUCUUGGACCUUAUGCGCAAAAGGCUGGUAAAGAAGCUGAGCUGGAAUUUUGGAUUCAAGGGACGCCUUACGCCUGUGGCCAGUGAGUGGACUGAAGACAUCAAAGAUGUAGAGGACGUGUCAUGCGUUUUAGUCUUCCGUUCACUUCGCCUGCGCGCGGACGACCUGCAGGACUGCGCCGACGAAAUUGCUUCGGAGCUGGAGAAAUGGUCACUGUACUUCAUGAAAGGUUUCACCGCGAAGCUUGAUCCUCACGCGUCUCCAGAGGUCACGCAUGCCUCUCCGACCUGGUACUUUGAACCCUUAGUCCCUCGCUUGCAACCUCGGCUGCAGUUCCCAGAGCUCGAAUUCAAAAGCACGACAUGGCGUGGAACAAAAGUCCCCUUGUACAGUCUGACCGACCUUCUAGGACCAGACAAGGCGCAGGAGUUGAUCAAAGGGAGCAAAUAUGAAAAGGAGAAAUGCGUUAUCAUCAAGAGAGCCAGGCAUAACGUCCCAGUCGAGAUGCUGUUCAUGCAGCUACAGGCCUACAUUGCGAAGCCAGGUCCCUAA